AUGACUCGCUUGAUCACGCAUUCAUAUUACAUCAAUCUGCGAGGCUGGAUCUUUCCUCAAAUCUACUACAGCUGGAACGCCCCCAACCAAGCAUGCUCUCACAGCCGAUCUUCGAGAACUUCGGUAACCACAUUCCAGCCUUUGAAGGUGUGCGGCCCAGUCCUUUCGCAGUACAUCAAGAUGCACCAUUCUGACUUGGCAAAGAGUGGCGAUCAUGAUCACGCAUUUUUACUGGUCAUCUACAGCUGGGAAGUUGGAACAAUGGAAAGAUUGAGAGAUGGAGAGAUGGAAAAAUUCGGUUUAUUCUAUGCAGUCACUCACGAUAAUCCAUGCAAUGAGCGGAGCUUCUUCAUUUCCAGAUGUUUUGUACGACUAUGCGUGGGGCAGGCUGCAGGGUGGCAGAAUGGCCAGGUCAACACGACUAUGUGUCAAUGGCGAUCUCCACGAGCUGCAGUUGUUCGAGAUACGCUCUAUAUUGAUGGAGGUUACCUGUGGUGGACUCCUGGGCUUUCCGAUGGAUCAUAUGGAAGCGCUACGUCUGAUGGUAAUCCACUGGGACUGGUGUAUCUUUUCAACUUCGGUACUCCUUUCAACACUUCGCAGAACUUGAGCGCGGUUUUCGAUACUCUCUCGAAAGCCUCAGGUGGAGGAGCGGCGAAUAAUAUUGCCCCAAAUUACUAUAGUGGAGCGAUGUUUGCAAAUGACUACGAAUGGUUCACAUACGGAGGAGAGUUGGCAUUGACUGAUGCUUUCAAGGCACCUUCCUCCAAUGCCGUUGCUGCUUAUCAGGUAUACCCUUCCGGCCCGCCAAAAUCCUUCAACAAAGGUUAUAUCCUGAAUACCUUGGACUCUGGAAUUACCCGAUAUGUUACUGAAGGUGCAGCUGUCAGUGUGCCGUCGGAGAACCUUGGCUACUACUUUGGAGGCCUGAGAUCUGCGAGCUGGGGACCCAUCUUCAACCUGCCUGGUCCAAGGAACCAGUCUGUCAAUGCUGACCAGCUGUCUUCAACAAUGAUCGGCAUAGAUAUGACGACUCAAGGAAAAGAGACCUGGAAGAAUACAACGUUGCCAACCACUGUGCCCGGAAGGGCCAGCGCAGAACUCGUUUGGGUACCGGUCUCCGAAAAGGGGAUUUUGGUCGCGAUUGGGGGUGUCUUAUAUCCGGCUUAUGCAAAUGUCAAUCAGACGAACAAUGCUUCCUCGACCAGUAUAAGCGAGACUGAAAGUCCCAAGUUUAUGUCUUCGGUUGCUGUGUACGACGUUGCAAAAGAGGUAUGGUACGAACAGACUACAACUGACCCUCCACCUGCCUUGAUGCAAGGCUGCACCGUGCUAGCAUCAGCGCAAGAUGGAUCGAGCCACAACAUCUACUGGUAUGGAGGCUUUGAUGGACUGCACCCCGCAGGCGACUUCAGCGACGCUGUCUAUAUCCUCUCAAUCCCCUCCUUCAAAUGGAUGAAGAUGAAUAGUGGAACAUCAUCCCACGCUCGUGCUGGCCACAAAUGUGUAAAGCCAUACCCAGACCAAAUGCUCGUCAUCGGCGGUUACACUUCUCUAUCUGGCACUACCCUCAGCUGUGUCGAAGGCGGCAUCAUCCAAAUAUACAAUCUCUCAAGCAACGCCUGGAUCGAAUCCUACGACCCGAAAGUCUGGAGUAACUACUCCAUCCCAGACGCAUGGCAAUCGAUGCUCGGAGGAACAGCUACCGGCGGUGCAACUCAAAAAUCUCCUUCUUCUGGAUUUGCAGAUCCUGCCAUGACUCCUCUUUUUGCAACACCGUACAACAGCACUAAAAUCACUAACUGGUAUCCCUACCAAGAAGCAUCGCCAGGGAAUACGACGCGCCCUACGCUUCCCCCAAUCUCAGGCAGCAAGAGCUCUGGAACACCCGGCUAUUUGGCGCCCGUCUUAGGCGUAGUCCUGGGCCUAUUCUUAACCACGCUCACUGUUCUCGCCAUCCUGCUAUAUCGUCGCCGCAAAACCCUGCGCCGUAGUACUGGCAGGCCGAGCGAAGCUGGGACGAUGGACACCAGGAACUGGGUAGCAAACUGGUUGCGCUCGACACCCGUGGACGCGAAAGCGCCAACUAUGACGACAGAUGAAUCCGUUGGAAAUCCGUACUCGGAAAAGAGACUAGAUUUGCCUGAGAUGGGCGGCCGCCAGGUCCACGAAAUGAUGGACACGAGCGUCCCCGCCGAACUCCACGAUACAGGCACAGGCUUCGUCGCAAUCAGCGCCUCAAAGAGAAACCUCCGCCACCCAAAUGGUCUCGCCUCUUCCCCCUCUGUCACAUCGCAGACAUCCCAAGCGAGCUCCGUGUCACAUAUUUCCGAAAUGGACUCCUCUCCCUCAAGACUGCGAGUCUCGCCUCUCUCGUCUCCCCGCGAGGGCUCAACCCCGCAUCCCGAGGACCAGACCCAUAUGGUCAGCGCGGUGAGCAAUGCUUCUAGUGAACGCGAGCAGCCUGGGCAUAAUAUGAGGGCCAUAAGUGAGACGAGCGUCAUCAGUACGGACGUCGCAUAUGCGACGCCGCCGACGACGAUAGAACAUCUAGGGAUGGGAUCAACGCCCGCUCCUGCCUCGCCGCGGAUUGAGAGCGUAGAGAGAGUGGGAGUGAGACCGAGCGCCGUGAGUCCGCUCACGCCGCCGGGGGUUGAAGGCGAAGGAGGAGGUUAUAUUGGGACGGGUACGACGAGGCCGCAAGGACGUGGGAGUCCUCGUGACAGCAAGCGGAAGAGUAUUUUCUCGGAGGGCUUCGGGGAGUAA